CAAGAGAAGAUCUGCCCUCAACAUAAUAAACAGAUUGAGAUCUACUGUCGUAGUGACCAGCAGUUUAUCUGUUAUUUGUGUACAAUGGAUGAACACAUGGGACACAGCACGGUUGCAGCUGUAGCAGAAAGAAAAGAAACAGAAUGAGCUGAAGGAAAUGCAGAGGAGAUCUCAGCAGAGACUCCAGGAGAAAGAGAAGAAGCUGCAGGAGCUGAAACAGGCUGUGGUCACUCUUAAGAGCUCUGCACAGGCAGCAGUGGAGGACAGUGAGAGGAUCUUUACUGAGCUGAUCCGCUCCAUUGAGAAAAAGCGCUCUGAGGUAACAGAGCUGAUCAGAGCUCAGGAGGAGGCUGAACUGAGUAGAGCUGAAGAACUCCUGGAGCAACUGGAGCAGGAGAUUGCUGAUCUAAAGAGGAGGGACACUGAGCUGGAGCAGCUUUCACACACAGAUGAUCACAUCCAGUUCCUCCAGAGCUUCCAGUCUCUCUUUGUCUCUUCUGGAUCUGAGGUCUUCUCCAGCAUCUCUGUCCAUCAACAUCACUCAUUUGAUGGAGUGAGGAAAUCUCUCUCUGAUCUGAAAGAGAGACUAGAGGAAUUCUGCAAGCAGGAAUUCAGGAAAAUCUCUCCAAAUGUUUCUGCAGUUCAGAUGAUUUCAGCCACAGAGCCACAAACAAGUGAAGAUUUUCUACAGUAUUCCUAUCCUCUGACUCCGGAUCCCAACACAGUAAAUCAGAACCUCAGUCUGUAUGAGGAGAACAGAGUGGUGACGCUCAGUGGGAUAUUCCAGCACUACUCUGGCCAGAGAAUAUUUGACUACUCGUAUUAGGUGUUGAGUAAGGAGAGUGUGAGUGGAUGCUGUUCCUGGGAGGUUGACUGGAGCUGUAGUAAAGGAUGUGUGCUGUACAUCUCAGUCUCAUAUAAAGGGGUCAGCAGGAAAGGACGGGGUAAUAAAUGUAAGUUUGGACACAACAGUCAGUCCUGGAGUCUGCAGUGUUCUCCCUCUCUCUCUUUCUAUCACAACAACAUUCAGACUGAGAUCUCAGCCUCAUCCUCCUCCAGAAUAGGAGUGUAUGUGGAUCACAGUGCAGGAACUCUGUCCUUCUACAGCGUCUCUGACACACUGACCCUCCUACACACAGUCCACACCACAUUCACUCAGCCGCUCUGUGCUGGAUUCUGGCUUCAAUAUUUUGGAACUGUGAGGUUCUGUGACCCAAAAUAAUGUAACUAUGUUUCAGUUAUUAAUUAUUAGGUUUUAAAUUACUGAAAUUGCUCCUUUAUAAUUGAUUUGUUUACUUUAUAACAAGAAGUUAAAAGUAGAAAUGAUUUUUAUUUAAA